GCUUGGCUCCUCCCCUGUUGCCUUCGCUCCGCUUGGCUCCCCCCAGCCCAGCACAGGCCGGAGCUGGGGAGGAGCCCACCGUGUCCCUGCGCUGCGCUGCGAGCCAAUCACCAGCCCCGAAUCUCCUCCGGCCCUACCUCCAGGCCCGCCCCAGUCCAGUCCGCGGCUCGGCUCGCCGGAGCCCCACCCCCGGCCCGCCCCGCCGUCGGUGCGCGGCGGCCGGGAAGGCGCCUCCCGCAGACGCUCGGAACUGUUGAUCCGAGAGCUGCCCGCUGAGGGCCGGCGGCGGGAGCGGAGUGGGUCGGGCGGGGCCGAGCCGGGCCGUGGGCCGUGUGGGGGCCGGGCGGCGGCCGGGCCGGCGGACGGCGGGAUGGGCUGCACCGUGAGCGCCGAGGACAAGGCGGCGGCCGAGCGCUCCAAGAUGAUCGAUAAGAACCUGCGGGAGGACGGCGAGAAGGCGGCGCGGGAGGUGAAGUUGCUGCUGUUGGGUGCUGGGGAGUCAGGGAAGAGCACCAUCGUCAAGCAGAUGAAGAUCAUCCACGAGGAUGGCUACUCCGAGGAGGAAUGCCGGCAGUAUCGGGCGGUCGUCUACAGCAACACCAUCCAGUCCAUCAUGGCCAUCGUCAAGGCCAUGGGCAACCUGCAGAUUGACUUUGCAGACCCCUCCCGCGCGGACGACGCCAGGCAGCUGUUUGCACUGUCUUGCACUGCUGAGGAGCAGGGUGUGCUCCCUGAGGACCUGUCCGGUGUCAUCCGGAGGCUCUGGGCUGACCACGGUGUGCAGGCCUGCUUUGGCCGCUCAAGGGAGUACCAGCUCAACGACUCAGCCGCCUACUACCUGAACGACCUGGAGCGCAUCGCACAGAGUGACUACAUCCCAACGCAGCAGGACGUGCUACGGACCCGCGUGAAGACCACGGGGAUCGUGGAGACGCAUUUCACCUUCAAGGACCUACACUUCAAGAUGUUUGACGUGGGUGGUCAGCGGUCGGAGCGGAAGAAGUGGAUCCACUGCUUUGAGGGCGUCACAGCCAUCAUCUUCUGUGUAGCCUUGAGCGCCUAUGACUUGGUGCUAGCCGAGGACGAGGAGAUGAACCGCAUGCAUGAGAGCAUGAAGCUGUUUGACAGCAUCUGCAACAACAAGUGGUUCACGGACACAUCCAUCAUCCUCUUCCUCAACAAGAAGGACCUGUUCGAGGAGAAGAUCACACAAAGCCCCCUGACCAUCUGCUUCCCUGAGUACACAGGGGCCAACAAGUAUGACGAGGCAGCCAGCUACAUCCAGAGUAAGUUUGAAGACCUGAAUAAACGCAAAGACACCAAGGAGAUCUAUACACACUUCACAUGCGCCACAGACACCAAGAACGUGCAGUUUGUGUUUGACGCCGUCACCGAUGUCAUCAUCAAGAAUAACCUGAAGGACUGCGGCCUCUUCUGAGGGGCAGCGGGGCCUGGCAGGAUGGGCCACCGCCGACUCUGCUCCCCCAGCCCCUGAGGAAGAUAGGGGCAAGAAGACCACGCUCCCCGCCUGUCCCCCGGCCGCUUUACCCCUAUCUUCUCUCUGUUCUCAGCUCCCCCAUCUCCUCCCUCAGCUCCAGACGUGGGGGGGGGUUGCCCUAGGCCUCCCUGUUUGAAGCCUGCCCUUUUCUGAGGUGCCAGGAAUGGCCAUGGUACCCCCUUUCUGGGCAUCUGCUCUGGUUUUUUAACCGUUGUCUUGUUCUGUGGGGAGGGGAGGGGAGCACAUGCUGAGUCCCCCAAGGCCUGUGUCUGGAGGGGCACCCACUUCUCCAGCCUGGACCCCUGGCUUUGCCUAACACCAGCCCCUGCCCCAGCCCAAGUCCUAAUGUUUACAGGGAGCCUCCUGCCCACCCCACCCCCCAGCCGCUCGGAGGCCCCAAAGGAAAAAGCACAAGAAGCGUGAGACGCCACCAUUCCUGGA